AUGAGCUCAUCAUCAACAAAUGGACUUUCAUCAGCCUCUUCAGCAUACAACGUUGGAUUGGUUUCGGGCUCAUCCUUUCUCAAUCACUCAGUAAUUUAUGAAAACUUUUCUUUGCAGGGCUCAUCAAACAACAAAUUUCAUGCUCCAAUUUGUCAACAAUGGCACAGAAAGUAUCCAUUGCUUGCAAUUUCUAAGGCUAACGGAGUUGUGUCAGUGUAUGAUGAUCAUGGAGAAAAGUUGGAACGAGUCAACUUGUCUCGCUCUUCGAAUUGUACAGCACUCGCGUGGCAUCCCUCCAAAUUUAUUCUGUGCACGGGUUGGAAAGAUGGAGCUCUAUUGAUCUACAAUGAUAAGGAUCACAAUCAAAAAGAAGUAGAAAUUGAGGAACAUGGAAAAAUUUGCGCUUUGAAAUGGACACCCGAUGGUGAACGAUUAAUUUCGACACAUCAAGACGGAACAAUCGGCGUAUGGAAAUAUGAAGGUGGAAAGUUAAAGCAUGUUGUGAACUAUGAAAAUCCAGGAUCAUGCGUCGAGUCAGCAGAUCAAAUUGUCUUCAAAACAAACAGGGAUCCAACAACCGAAUUGUCAUGGAUUUUCUUUUUACCUGUCUUGGCUGGGCAAGGAUCCAAGGUUGUCGUAGGAGUUGCCGACGACCUUAAUGAAACUACUCACAAAUCUGCCAGUGGAGUUCGAGUUGACACUCUACAUGACACUGGUAUUCAAUUUAAUGGAUCUCAAAUCUGCUCGUUACUGUUCCACAGAGAAAAGUCUAAUCUUGUGCUCUUGACGGAUACUGCAUUGCUUGUCGUUUACAAAAUUAAUGCGUCCAUCACUAAGCCCAAUGAAAUUGGAAUGAAACAAGUCAUGAGAACCAAAAUCAGUAUAUCCAAUGGUUCCGGUACUACAAUUAAAACUCUGUGGGUUGGAUCUGGAGCAAUUGCUACCAUUACCAGCAAUGAAAAUAUGAUUCGAGUGUGGAACUUAGAAACAGACGAAAAUACAACACUCAUGCUCUCUCCAAACAAUGACGGCGAAAUUAUACUUUCAUUUUCUUUCAAUCCUCAAAAACGAGCAAUUGUUGGAGGUACCAGUUUAGGACGAUUGGUGUUUUGGACAUUCACAGGAAACCAAAAAGCAAGAGAUCAGUGGGAAAAAUAUGGAGAAUAUCAAGUUCCAAGCAAACAACCUGUAAGAAUGGUUCAAUGGGGUCAUGGUGAGCGAGUUCUGUGCUAUGUCUGUGGAGAAAAUAAUGAUAUUGAAAUUUUACAAGAAAAUAACUUCCAGAGGAGAAUGAAGAAUAGUACAGUGGCCAUACAAAACUCGUUGACUUCUGUAAUCAUUGGAAGAUGUUUAAAUAACGAAGAAAAGAUACCGCCUCUAACCAUCAAAACAGGAAUUAAUAUUAGAAACUUUGAUCAUACAGAGACCCAUUUAGUGGUUUCAAACAAUUCAGUGAUUGAAUUAUUUGAACACAAAGGCAAGGAUCUCGUCAAAAAGUCAGAAACCUUUGAAAUUCCAUCUAUUUGUGUUGGAUUGCAUUCUGAAAGCAUUUUUGUUCCAACAGAUGGAUCAGCCAAUUCGAACCCAAGAAUAGAGGUUUACAGUUUUAAAGGAGUGAAAAAGCAAACAUUACAACUCUCAGAAGAAGAAGGCAUUCCUACUUCGAUCGAUGUGCAAGGUGAUUUCAUAACAAUUGCUACCAAUACCAAUCAUGUGAGAAUGUGGCAUGUACUUGGACGAGAGGCAAAACCAGUUUCAGUGUCAAAGAAAGUGUUCGAUAACAAUGAGAACGACCAAUCCGAAAAAACCUACAUUUCAUCUGUAAAGUGUAACUGCAAUGGAACCAUGUUGGCAUUGUUGGGAAAGAUCAAGACAGAAGGUGAGAUUGAUUUAUUGACACCUAGCACCAAGCUCUAUGUCUACGAUUUUGAGCAUGACCGUUUACAGAGCUUUGAUUUUGAAACCAAAUUUAAGGGUGGAACACCAACUUCUGUAUUUUGGGAUUUGAGCGAACCAAAUUUGCUCUCUGUAGAAUUGAAAAAUUCUGACAAUGAGGUUUACAUUUGUACUCUGUUUGCCACCCAGGAGCAUGGUACACUCUUUCAAGAUUAUUUCAAAAUUGACAGAAAUGCACAAUCGCUUGUUGGUCAAAGUGUUCCUAACCUUUUCUUUGUGAAGAAUGACGCCUCUGGCUCAAACGGAGAGCUCUUUGAGAAGAGAGCCAUGAAAGACUUUGAAGGAAUUGAUGAAGACCAAUUGUCUUCCAAAACAAAGAGAGCUCUCUUGAACUUUAGCUUUUAUCUCAACAUUGGAUCCAUGGAAGAAGCUUACAAAUCUGUCAAACAAAUUGAAUCAAAAUCUUCUAUUUGGUACAACAUGGCCAAGAUGUGUGUCAAAACUCGCAAAAUGGAAAUCUCUGAAAUUUGUCUGGGCAACAUGAAGAAUGCUUUGGCGGCAAAGGCGCUACGAAAGGUGAAAGACAGUGAGCCCAACGAACCACUUGCAUGGAUUGCAACAUUAGCGAUUCAGCUAGGUAUGAUCGAUGAAGCUGAAAAACUCUAUGCAGAGUGUGAGAGGAAUGAUCUUCUCAACGAAAUGUAUCAAUCUAUUGGACAAUGGGAAAAGGCUCUUGAAGUUGCCAAAACAAAAGAUAGAAUUCAUUUGAAAACAACCUACUACAAGUAUGCAAGAUAUUUGGAACAAGAAAUUGGUGAUUUGAAAUUAGCAGAGAAAUUCUACGAAUUAUCAAAUACUCACAAAUAUGAAGUACCACGAAUGUAUUACAAUGCAGCCGACAUGACAAGUCUACAAAACUAUAUUCUCACUCGACCUGAGGACAAGGAGUUGAACAGAUGGUGGGCCCAAUACUGUGAAGGUAAUACUGACUAUGAGGAGGCUCUUAAAUAUUACAUUCAAUCCAAUGAUUUCCUAUCUCAAGUGAGAAUGUAUUGUUUCAUUGGAAACUUAAAGAUGGCAGCUGAUAUUGUGAAAAAGUCUCAAGACAAGUCUGCUGCUUACUACUUUGCAAAGCAGUUGGAACACGAAAAGGAUAACAAAAAGCUAUUGGAUCAUGCCAUCAAGUAUUACAAAUUUGCGGGAUGUUUCAAUGAAGCUGUGAGAGUGGCCAAGUUAUUGGGUAAUGACAAUGAAGCAUUGAACCUUUCAUUGCAAUCUUCGAAUGAAAAGCUCAUGAUUGACGUUGCACACUACUUUGAAUCCACAGGACAAACAGAUAAGGCAGUGUUGUUGUAUCAAAAAGGUGGUAAUCUUUCUCGUGCCAUCGAUUUGUGUUUCAAGCAUCAAUUAUUUGAUACUCUUUCUACGAUUGCUGACAAUAUUUUCAACGACAAAUCCGAUAGUGACGAUCCAGAAGUGUUCAUGAAAUGUGGUCAAUUCUUUAUUGAACAUUCCCAAUUUGAAAGAGCUGUACAAAUGUAUAUUCGGGCCAAGGAAUACGAGUUGGCUUUAGAAUUAUGUAUCAAGAAGAAUGUCAAGCUCACAGAAGAAAUGGCAGAUCAAAUGUCUCCUCCUUCAGAGGAAAUUCCAACUUCCUCGUCGUUAACUUCUUCCAACAGUAGUAGUAGUCUCACAUCCAUGAGCAAUAAUGAAAGCACCACAACCAACACGAACACUUCGCCUGAGAAUGAAGAAACCAAUGAAAAGAUUCUUCUCCUACGAAAGAUUGCCAAAGUUGCAUCCAUUCAAGGCAGCUAUGCGAUUGCAACCAAGAAGUAUGUUCAAGCUGGUGACAAGUUGAAAGCCAUGAAAGUUCUCAUCAAGUCUGGAGAUACCGAAAAGAUUAUGCUCUUUGCUGUACUGAGUAGACAAAAACAAUUGUACAUAUUAGCUGCUAAUUAUUUACAAAGCUUAGACUGGCAUAACGAGCCUGAGAUUAUCAAAUCUAUCAUUUCUUUCUACACAAAGGCAAAAGCAUGGAAAUUCCUUUCAAGUUUCUUUGAAACAUGCUCUCAAGUGGAAAUUGACGAAUACAGAGAUUACGAAAAAGCAUUGGAUGCUCUCCGAGAAUCAGUCAAGUAUUUAACCAAAGAAAUUAAGCAAAACAAGAAGAGCAAUCCAAAUUAUGAUUUGCGAUUGAAACAGCUUAAUCAAAAGAUUUUCUACAUUGAAAAAUUCAUUUUGGCCAAAUCCCUCAUGAAUUUGAAAACGAAUGAGGUCCAAUUUGUUUCCAUUUGUAGAGAGUUGAUCAACAAUGUGAACAAUUUAGAAGAAGAAAGUGUGAUUGAAAUCGACGAGGCCAUACGAGUGGGAGACGUUUUUGCCAUUCUCAUUGAAUAUCAUUUGCAAACAUUGAAUGACCCCAAUGCUGCCUACAAGUUAAUUUUGGAAAUGAAACAAAAAGACAUCACCCUAAAUUAUUUCCUUGAUGAAGAAAUGAUCAAGUCCAUUUGUAAACAUGUUGGUGUCGAUUUCAAUGAAGUCAUGCCGCCAGAAGACAAUCAUUCUACUAGAACCGGUGAGGAUGAAGAUAUUCAAGAAGAAAUUGAGGAGGAUUAA